UUCGGUUUAUUUAAUUGCAGCAUUUCAUCAACAAUCUAUACCUGCAACUAUGACGUCAGCGAAAGCUCGGACUGCAAGCUCUCCAACAUUCAUCUGGCUCAAGGAGCAACUGUUGGUUUUCACGCAAACAACAAAUCGCCAACUCGUGUAACCCUCCAAAGAUCCUACUUGCAGUUUUUGCCGAAAAGUCUGAUUGUUGCUUUCCCUGCAAUGGAAUAUCUCAACUUGGAAAAUCUACGCAUUAGAAAUUUCGACCCGAAUGCAUUCGAAUCUGCUGUAAAUUUACUGUCGGUUAACCUACAGAUGAAUCGACUGGAGGAAAUAUCUCGUAAUGCCUUCACGGGAGCACGUUCUGUAGUGCAGUUGGAUUUAUCGAACAAUCAAAUCGAAUUCAUAGACGAGUUUGCUUUCAACGCGAUCGAUCGCUUAAAAAAUCUUAACGUGAGCAAGAAUAAAAUAACAUACCUUCCAGCGUUUAGCAAGAAUAACGAUCUUGAGACAGUUAACGCAUCAUACAAUCUCUUGAGCGAUGUGUCCGAUGAUCACUUCGUAAGCAAUAAGCAACUUCGCACCGUUGAUAUCGCGCACAAUCGUUUGACUCAUCUCGAUCUAAAACAACUCGAUGCCAGUACCAAUCUAGAAACAAUCUAUCUAAGCUUUAACGAACUCAAACGACUGCACAUUCCAAAACAUGUUAAGCAUUUGUUCGCAAAAAACAAUUCCAUUGAAAAAGUAUCAGCUAGGAAAUGCGUUGCUGAAACACUCCAUUUGGCAGCCAACAAACUCCAGACUCAUCUAGAUGUUAGUAAUUGCAAACUGCUUAGGUACCUAGAUCUAUCGAACAACCUACUGCAAUCGUUUAGCUACAGAAUCAUAGCCCGAAUGACAAAACUUCAAAGCUUAUAUCUAUCGAAUAACCUUUUAUUGGAAAUCGAUCUACCUCUAAGAAUAAGCCCGGUAUCCGGUUUGAAAGUUUUGGACUUAUCACAUAACCGCAUCAUCCAUGUACCAUCGACUAACGCAUUCGGUACGCUUGAAACCUUACAGCUCAGUCACAACGAGCUGCAGCAGUUUGAUUUCAGCAAAAUGAAUCAACUUCAGAAAGCAUUUUUGUCCAGUAACCAAUGGGACUGCAGUGUACUACAAGGCAUACGGGUGCAAUUGAGUGAUCGCGAUCCGGAUUCAUGUGCGGAAGGAUUCCGCAAAACACACGGUAUCUGUUGCAAAGACUACAAGCAGCCAUAUGGUGACACGUUGGCAGCUAUUACUCGAAACAAUUUCAUCCAUGAUCUGAGAACGAUGCAUAACUUGAAAGAACUCUGUUCGGUUCCUGCAAUCAAUAGAACCGUGGACCAGCAGACUCGAGAAAAUCUAGAAAAACUUUCAAAAAUUGCGAAGGUAAAAAAUAACCUUCAAGCCAAUCUUGAUGCUACUUUGCAAGUCCGGUUGAAUCUAACGAAAACAUAUGAAACGAUCAGUGCAUCCCUACAAUCCGUGAGAGGUGAAACAUCAGCAAUUACCGACAUAAUCGAACGCCAAAGAAAGUUAGAAAACAGUGCUAAUAGCGAAAUGCUGACUCGAGACGGCAAGAGUGAUUUGGAGGUGUUGCAAGAAAUACUGCUAUCCAUGGUAGCAGCGAGGCGUUCUUCUUAUAAUUCGUUAAGAGACUACAGACAAUAUAUAGCAAAUAUACCAUACCGAAUACAUGAACUGAAAAGAGCUAUACCGCAACUGAAGCAUCACCUUCGAACCAUGCAUCAAGACCUGACCAUGCUGGAACAUAAAGAAAAAUCUAUGAUUCUGCACUAUCAAGGAUUGUCUCGCAUGGUUCAAAAUGUAAAUUAUGAACGACCUCGAUUCAAUGCUGCAACCACUUCAGAGCAACAAAGCUCGCAAGGUGGCGUUUAUUCUGAGCAAAGAUAUCGCUACGAAUACCAUUCGAGUAAUAUUGGGUGAAACGUCAAAACGAAUUUUGUCAAUAUGAAGGCAUCAAUGGAACUUGUGAUUUGUGAUGUUUUUAGUUUUAUGUUUGCUAUGCAGUUGUUAGGUUUGAUGUAUAAUAUAAUCAU